UUACAGCUAACCCACUCAGUGUCACACAGGGCGUUACAGGAAAUCCAAGCAGUGCAGCUGUUCUGAAUAUUACGGCAUUCUCUUUUCCUCUUUCGUUUUCCUUUUCUCAUUCUUUCUUUACUUUCGUAGCCGGUGUCUGCAAGUUUGCUGGGUCUCAGGACAUUCUGUUAUUUUUUUUUUAACGCUACUGAAUGCAAACUUCGUAACAUCUGGAGGAAGUGGAGUAAGAAUAAGAACUUAGACCCGUCUUGGAUCAGAAUAUAAGUGAAUUUUCCUAUUGGGAACCCUACAGAAUACUAAGCCCAUUACCAAAACCACUAUGGCGAACCGAAGCUCUCAAAAUGAAGACCAGUAAAAAGGCAGAGAUUGAUGCGAAGAUAAAAGAAAAUUUAGUGACUAGUGGAACAAUUUUCAUCGACAAAUUUGCAGACAUACUUAAGGCAAAUAACGGUUCUCCAGAGGUUAAUUCACAUUACAUGCAAAGAGUUCUCCAUUCCAUCUUCUUUAUUGGAUAUGUUAGCAAACCAAGAGUAUAUCCCGAGGAUUUUAUUCCUGAAUCAGUACGGGAAUCUUUUAAAAAAAAGUUUCCUGGGCCCUUUAGGGAUUACAAAAGCCAUGUUCCCCACCAGACUCCUUACUCCAUCCUGCUGGAGUUUAUGUCAGAGAAUAAAAACUUUAACGGGCCAAAUAUCCUUAUGCAAGAACUAUGGGAAAUAAACAAGUCACUGUGGAAGACAGAUACAAAUAUUGGCUAUCAGCCAGUGGCAAACGACUUCACGGCCACAGUUAUCGCGUACAGCUGUUAUAGCGAUAUCAAAGACAACAAUAAUGUGAAAUCUGCGUAUGGAUCGUCCAUAUCUUGCAGGGGCAAAGUUCCGCGUAUGAUCAUGAUACAUAUAUCUGUCUUACAGGUGUGGGACCUGGCUAUUUCAUAUGCUGUGUGCCAAGAGGGGAACAGCCCUGCUCUCGUCUUUCCAAAUAAGGUGUGCUGUCACGCUUUCAGCUUUAAUUGUAACAGAAACUGUUUUCUGGAAGUCCCACCCUGCGCCAAAUGUAACAAAAGUUUUCGGGAUGUGAAAUUUAACCCUUCAUGUGAAAAUCCGGAUGAUGAUCCAACAUGGCCUUAUGGGAACUGUGCGGAAAAUGAAUCCUUAAACAAGCUCUUAAAGGGAUGCCAGGAUUUAAGAUCGAGAAUUCUUACUGAGAAAAACACAGAGGGAAAUCAAAUGGAUAUUACUGAGAUAGAGACUAUGUUCAAAAAGGAAAAGGAGGAGAAAUUGAAAAAAACCCUCAAAAAUCUCCUGGGUUCUCAAAAUAUCCCACUACGUGAAACAAACGGAAAAUUGCAGUCCUUUCAGCCAAUGUGACCUGGGAGACUAUUCACUCCAAAUUGACCUGAAAUGUAUCAAAUUCUAGGAAAAUUCGACCUAUAUUGAAAAUUUAGGUAUUCAGUUAACAGAGGUUAUUAAAAGGAACACUAUAGGGUCAGGAACAAAAACAUGUAUUGCUGACUCUAUACUGUUAAAACCACCAUCUAGGCCCCCUGGCACCCAAUGCCCCCAUAAAUAUAGUAAAAUCUUAUAUUUAUUGCAGUCUGCUAGUGCUGGCUCUGCCCCUGAUCUGCCUGCUUGGAUGACAUCAUCAGUAUUGAUGAUCUCAGCCAAUCCAAUGCUUUCCUUUAGGAAAGCAUUGGAUUGGUUGACAUUGUCAAUUCUGAUGAUGUCAGCCAAGGAGGCAGGCUGAUGGCAGACCAGAGUAUUAUGGGAGAUGUAGUCCACAGCAUCUGAAGUGCCAAAGGUUGCUUACCCC